AUGAGUUCGACAGUUGCUGAUGCUGUAGACCACAAGGGUUUCCCUGCUGACAGGACAAAAACUGGUGGUUGGGUGCCUGCUGCGCUUAUUCUAGGGAUAGAAAUCUGUGAGAGGCUUUCAACAAUGGGUAUAGCAGUAAACCUUGUGACAUACUUGGGUGGAACAAUGCACCUUCCUAGUGCAACUUCAGCCAAUAUUGUGACAGACUUUAUGGGGACAUCUUUUCUCUUGUGUUUGCUUGGAGGCUUUCUGGCAGACUCUUUUCUGGGUAGAUACAAAACCAUUGCUAUCUUUGCUAUGAUUCAAAUGCUGGGCACUUGCAUGCUAGCAAUAACCACCAAGCUCCCACAGCUACGACCACCACCUUGCCACACUGCUCUCUCCAACAAUUGCAAACAAGCCAAUGAAUUCCAAAUGGGAAUUCUCUACAUGGCCUUGUACCUAAUUUCACUAGGCACUGGUGGCCUAAAAUCCAGUGUCUCUGGGUUUGGAACCGAUCAAUUCGAUGAAAAAGAUGAGAAAGAAAAAUCCCAGAUGGCCUAUUUCUUCAACAGGUUCGUCUUCUUCAUCAGCAUCGGAACGUUGACAGCCGUUACUGUGCUGGUUUACAUACAGGAUGAAGUGGGCAGAAGCUGGGCUUAUGGGAUUUGUUCAGUUUCAAUGUUUGUGGCAAUUAUGGUGUUCAUGUAUGGGACUAAGAGAUACAGAUAUAAGAAGAGCUCUGGAAGUCCUAUAGUUCAUAUUUUUCAGGUUAUUGUAGCUGCUGUGAAAAAGAGGCAAAUGGAACUUCCUUAUGAGAUUGGAUUACUGUAUGAGAGUUCUCCAGAGGCAUCAAGAAUCCAACACACCGAUCAGUUCCGGUGCUUGGACAAGGCAGCCAUUGUUGCAGAAGGAGAUUUUGAGAACAAGGAUUGUUCAACUCCAAAUCCAUGGAGGCUAUGCUCAGUAACAAGGGUGGAGGAAGUGAAAAUGAUGGCUAGAUUACUACCAAUAUGGGCCACCACCAUUUUGUUUUGGACCACAUAUGCUCAGAUGAUCACCUUCUCAGUUGAGCAAGCAAGUACCAUGAAAAGAUCACUUGGAGAUUUCCAAAUCCCAGCUGGGUCUCUCACUGUUUUCUUUGUGGCUGCCAUCCUGAUUACUCUGGCAGUUUAUGACCGUUUGAUCAUGCCUCUAUGGAAGAACUGGAAAGGAAAACCAGGCUUCACCAAUCUACAAAGAAUUGCCAUAGGCCUCGGCCUCUCAACAAUAGGAAUGGCAGCAGCAGCGUUAGCCGAGACCAAAAGACUCUCGGUGGGAAAAGCCUCGGCAGUGAGCGGCACCAUCACCACCUCAACUCUGCCCAUAUCUGUCUUUCUUCUGAUCCCACAGUUCAUUCUGGUGGGUGCUGGGGAAGCCUUCAUAUACACAGGCCAGCUAGAUUUCUUCAUAACCCAAUCACCCAAAGGAAUGAGAACCAUGAGCACUGGUCUCUUCCUCACCACUCUCUCUCUUGGUUUCUUUGUCAGCAGCUUCUUGGUCUCAGUCGUGAAGAAGGUGACCGGAAGUGAAGAUGGGGAAGGCUGGCUGGCUGACAAUAUAAACCAUGGGAGGCUUGAUUGUUUCUAUGGACUUCUGGCUGUGUUGGGAGUCAUAAACUUUGUGAUAUAUUUGAUUUGUGCAGUUUGGUACAAAGCCAAAAAACCCUAAAGCUGAUCUGCGAAUGAAGACUCGUGUUAAUGGGGACUGUGGUAUGGAGAAGUGCUAGUUAGGAGGUGAAAACGGGGGAAGAAAGCUACAUAGCUUUCUUUUGUACCCAACGUGCAGUAAGAAAUGGCUUGGAUUUGGUUCUCUGUAUUUUUUGUUUUUGUUUGUUUUGAUAGUGGCAUGAGUAUCUAUCUAU